AUGGGUCGCGCGGUCAAGGACUUUUUCAAACCAUACAUCGUCCCUCGAAAUCUAGUUCCCGUGCAGCAAGUGGAAGAAGAUGAGAUCAUCGUGGGCUCGCCCACCCAGAGCAGGAAGGCGCAGCCCAGUCGCAGUGCACGGAAAGCAUGUGAUCAUGCUUCGACCGGCAAACACGAAGAGAAGGUCAGGACGAAGUUGUUGCCGCAGAAGAGUCAAGUAUCUCGUGACUCGAGUGUGGGUAGUCUCGGAGCGACACCUCUCAAAGCUUCACCACGCAAAUCACCCCGCAGCAAGCGAUCGGCUGUGUCCUCCCUAGACGGCAGCAACGAUGACGAGACCCUCUACCACUCCAGCCCGACGCCUUCAGUCCAACGAGCGGUGAUGUCUGUGGAGGUCCCAUCGCCGCGGCGAGAACAAACUCCGACUCCGACGCUGAUAUAUCAAGCACCACUGGCCACGAGCAUGCUGCCACAACCCCCACCAGCCCUGAAUACAUCCUUUACGUCACUCCUCAGCUCGCAGAGCUCCAGUCGACGGGUCAUGAAGGGCGGGAUGCAGGCAGUCACCAACUCUGACUCUGGCAGUGCGGAGGAUAGUGAUGAGCAUUUGGAUGAUAUCGAUGUUCUUAUCCCAAGAAAGAAGGUGCGAUUGACACCACCUCUACCACAAGUUUUGACGACACAGAGGUUGGAGAUAGCUGGUCGGAAGAGUGCGCGGCUUUCCGAUCAGUCGAGCAAGAGUAGUAGGAGUGGGAGUCAUACACCACAACUCCCCUUCUCGCCUCCACGGACAGAGUACAAGCAUUCCCUCCUCAAACUCGUGAAGGCGAAUGAGAAGAAGGUGAGGGAGGAUGUUAGGAUUGCGGAGGCGGAGAAUAAAGCUCAGGAGGCCCAAGAGAGGCGGGACAGGGCACGGCAGGCAACGACGCUGACGAUGGAUGAGGAGAUGUUGGUGGAGAAGUAUGCGGAUGAUAGUGAGGAGGGGGAGGGUGUGAAGAGGGCCAUGGUGAGGACUGAGGCGUUGCUUGAUGAGGAAACUUUUUCGUUUUUUGCUUCUGGCGGGGGAGUCAAAGUCGAGGACUGCGAGUUCCCGGUAAAGUGGCUCGAGGGCACGGCAUUGAUGAGUACUCUCGGAGAUGUAGGGAAACGACAGCGGGCUUAUAUUAUGGGAUUCGUCGCUGAUCUCGCUUCUAUGAGCCGCUUACCCGAAGCUGCGGUGAAGUGGACGGCGUCGCAACUGGUGCAUGAACGGCGGGAGGAUUUGAGGGAGGCGUAUGUCGAAGUGCUGAGUCUUGCACGAACGAUGGGGAUAGAGUAUGAGCAGACAUCCUUACGGGACUAUUACUCGACAGCCUUGUCAGGCACUGGACUUGGUACACCGGCUGCCCAAUCGGACACGAGUGGACUAGGCGAGGCAAACCAACACCACACUACCCAAGCCCCUGGACUCCGCCACGUCAUCCGAGCCCUCUCAUACCUCCUCCCCAAACCCAACCUGCCAGCCCUAACAACAACAAUCCUCGACCUAGCCCUCCUCAACAUCGACACCAAUCUUGCCCGCGAGACGGACCUCCACCUCGAAAUCGAACAAACCCUAGCCUCCCUCCUCACCAACACCCCCCCAUCAGACCUCCUUCCCCUUUGCGCCGCCGUCGCAACGGGACUAAAAACCAUGGAAACCCUAACCCCGACCCUCCUCUGCCAAGUCAUCACCUCCUUACCCGCGAUCUCAGAAGGCACACACUACCUACGCUGGCAGCUGGCUCUAAGAUAUAGCGCGGAUAUCUGGCGGGAGGAGAUGCUGAGGAUAGAGGACUGUUAUAGUCCUAUAUUGGAACGGCUUCGGACGGCGGAGGUUUAUAGGAUCAACGGGAACACGGAUUAUGGACUCCUGAGGCGGGAGGUGGAGGUGUUGGAUCUGGCUGUGGAUGGGGGGUUUUGUAAAGAUUUCUCGGGUCUUGGGUCUGGGUCUGGGUCUGGGUCUGAGUCAGUCAUGCCCGGACCUACCACCGCCACGACAGAAAACAGCGACAACCACGACCCCGACAACGACUGUCCCGAACCCGGCAUAGCCCCCCUCUUCAACAACCGCCACCUCUCCUUCCCACCACCACAAAGCCCGGAGGAAAAAAACUUCAACUCCCGCAUCGACGCUCUCUCUUCGCAGCUCAAAAGCCUGGCGUCCCGGAUCAAAGACGGCGGCGCGACGAGUUUGAAGAGGGUGGAGUGUAAGAGUGUUUUUGAGCGGGUGGUUGUGAGGUUGGAAAGUGGUGUGCGGACGAGACCGAAGCCGAAGAGAGAUGUUUUUGGCGGUCGUAGCGGGGCCGGCGUGAGGUGGAAGGUGGUGGGAAAGGGGGAGAAGAGGAGGGGAGGGGAGAAGGGGGGAGGGGAGGUCAAGUAA